AUGGCCGGUUAUCUUUGUUCAUACACCAACCCCACAGAGGACAAGAAUUGCCUUCGUUGUGGGGCUGUCAAAGCAGGCGAAUUUGUCAAGCAACCUGUCACCAUCACCUUCGGAGACGAUGAAUGCCAAAUCCCGACCAUUUUUUUUAAAGCGCAGAUAUCUCGAAAGGAUAAGGAAGGUCAUAAAGCAAAGCCUUCGUGUAUGAAGGUAGAGAUUGAGUUCUUUCAUGUUAAAUUUUUGGUUGUGCUUUUUAAGGAUUGCGGAAAGCCAGUCAGGGUUUCCGUUGUCCGCAAAGAUGCAUCCUCAAACCUGAAGGAUAGUAUUAAGUCCGUCGAGCUCGAGUUACCUUUGUAG